UGAAUGAGCGGAGACUGGAAGCUUCUCUUGCAAGACGCGAACAAGCUUAGGUAAUUGGAGUCUUCCUUGCCAGCCUGCGUGCCAGACUGCCCAUCACCCGGUCCACUGAACUGCCUUGCACGUGCACAUCAGUCGCGCGCAGCAGUGAACAGCACUCGGUGAGCAGCAGUCGGACACACUCGCCAGAGAAGCUUCUGGAGAGCCGGACAAAUUUGCAGCUUGCGGAGGAGAAACAGGCCCCACGACACGAGACAACACGAGACAGGACGAGACCGGACGAGACAGCCCUCCACAGCAGCCAGAGCGGCAGCACCACUGGACUUGGACUGAUUCGACCGACGCGCCCUCGCGCCUCCGCUUCGGCCUCCGCCUCGGGCUCGAGCUCCACGACCGACACCAACACCGACCGCAACUCCUUUGAAGCAAGCAAGAUGCCUUGUUUCAAAGGCCUUGCGGUCUCCAUACACACUCCAGAUGGCCCUAUCGCCGAGCACUCGGUUCAGAAGCAGACUCGGCAAUCGCGCAUCACCACCUACAUCCCUGUUCCUCCAGCAAAAGUCCCGUCUGGCUCGACCUCAGGAAAGCCGGAGCAAUCGACCUUUGCCAUUAGUAUCACUCUUCUCACGCCGGGCCUCAAUGUGCCCUACUCGACGCCCAAGCCUACCAUCGAGGAUCCAUACCCCAAGCCGCGGACAGUGGGAGGCUUGCCGGGUGCAACGGGUGAGAGGGGCAAAUACCAGGGAACCGUCCCGCCAUACGUCUCACGGACGCCGAAUCCAAAUGAAACGAUAGCAGCGUACAUUUAUUUCGACGGACGUGGCAAGGAAGAAGUCGCAACACUGCUGAGGAAGGGCGAAGAGACCUGGGUGAACAGCCGUUGGGUCAGUGUGCCCAAGGAGGAGGGUGGAGGUCUUGCAGAACGUGAGUUCCUGUUUAGGGAAGUACCGUUAGAGAGGUGGCUCAACGGACUUGACCUGGAGGGUACCGACCAGGCCAAGAAAGAGCGCAUAGAGCGACGGCAGAGGAGACUGGAGAAGAAGAGGAGGAAGAGAGAGGAGGAGAAGGUGAGCGAUGAUGAUGAUGAUGAUGUUGAACGACUGACUACUACUAUUCGUCGCAACGGUGUCUUGAGGUAUGGAGGUGAGGACGGGCCAGUCGAGGAUCUCCAGGACGACGAUGGGCUCUUCACAUCAGACUCGGAUUCGGAAGACGAUCCCCCAGAGCCUGAAGCAGCUGGCCAGAUCAAAGUUGCUCUUUUUCGUGUUCUCGCCAGUGGUGAGAUCAAGCGUGGAGAGUACUCUCCUCAAUUUGGUGCCCACGACGACGACCACAUGGAUGGCAAUGGCGAGGGGGGCGCAAGCGAAGACGUGGACCACACCACGAGCUUCGCAAAGCCAAAGGCACUGGAUCCUAAGACUAUCAGCACGCAGACAGUGACCGGCUUGGAUCCUCCAGAGUCUCCUUAUGCAGUGUUCACUUUCUUCUACCGGGGCGAGAGACAGCUUAGAAAGAUGGGAAUCAUCUCGACCCCAGGUGCACAGAAAAUGCCGCAGUCGAGUGGUCGUAGAAAGUCCUCGACUACGGAUUUCUCCAAGCUGGGUCCGCUGAAGUCGCAUGGAACAAAGGGCUUCUCAGGUUACCGAGACACCGCAACGGUCAAGCGGAAGGGCAAGGACAAGGACAUGGACGCUAUGGACAGUGAUGCUGACGAUGAAGAUGAAGAACGACUGCCAGAUGGCGAUGACGAAGCGGACGACAAGCAGCCCGAUGGGGGGAGUGCACACCUGUCACCCGAGGACGCGAGGCGCACCAACGAAGUGGCCGAAGGUGUGCAGAAGAUCAAGCUCAAACGUCAACACUCUGCGGAACCGCUGAGCGAGGCCAGUACGACACGCAAAUCACCGCACAUCAAGGGCGAAGAGUCAACAGAUGCAGGUACGCCGAAGUCAAUUAACUCGGUCACAGCCAACGCUGGUACGCCCCCGAACGGUUUGGCUCCUCCAGCGAACGAUGCGGAAGCUGUCGCUAGUCCAUUCAAGCGCCAGCGAGCCAGUCUGCCUGGCCUAAACAACAGCCUGUUCACCAGCGAAGCAGGCUUCUCGCCCGCGAUGUCCCUAGCAGCGCCCGUGGAUGCCAAACAACCAAGAGCGUUCUCCACGCCAGAAUUGAAAUGCGACGCUGCUGCUAAGCAGGACGAUGUCAUCGAUGAGGAUUUGUGAUUGUGGCAUGCCUUCAAACUUCACUCGACGCGAUUACUGGUUUGAAAGAAAGGCCGAGACUCUGACGAAGAAGCGGAAGAGGAAAAUAUGUAUGAGCCACUCGAGAUCUCCCACACUCGAUCGAUCGACGAAGCUACAGCACCACACCUCUGCGGUUUCCACCAUCGGAUCAUGGCCCGAUGCGGAACCCGCGAGUCAAGCGCGGGCGGAACGACGUGCUCUGCGUUACGCUGUCCUUAUAGUAGUUCAAAGGGCUCAUGCGAGGGCUUCAGUCUGUCAUGCUGAAUCGCAUGACCUUGCGCACGCUGCAGUGCUAUUUUUCCGUCGUUGUAUAGCACGCUCGUUGAAUGUUAAUGAUGCUCGAGCUGGAUGAGGAAUAGACGAACAUCAGCGCUUCAUAAGAGAUGUUGGGAAGCUAGCUGCUCAUAUACAUCACUUGCUAUCUUUGCAUGCUGCAAGUCAUGGUCCAGGAUUCGCAGCUGAAGUAGUGCUAGCGUAUCAUAUCUUUCCUCUGCAUGCAGAGGAGUGCACUUCUGCGAAAUGCGAAUGAUCGGG